AAAAAAAAAAAAAUAAUUUAGAGUGCAUAUAUCCUUGGAAAACACUUGCUAAGCAUCUACUAUUUAGUUAUUUUGUUAGCUUAGGAAAAGGCUCUGCAGUCACUGGGGUCUCUUCAGGACAGGAGGCUCCAAAAAUGUCUGCAAUGAAGCAUUUAAAAAUUAACCUGGUAACUCAAAGUUCAUGAUGAAGCUAUGCAAUCUAUUUUCAUGAAGUAGAUUUGGUCCAACAUUUUUCUAAAGCACUUAGGAUAAUUUGUGAUUUCAGGGUAGCAAAGGAGAUUUAUUGCACUAUUUACUGCAGACUGUUCAUGGUCUGAAACUAAGUAAUUACUGAGAAAUCAUGGAAGGAGGAAAACUACCUUGGCUUUUGGUAAAUGAAAUUGGUGGCAUACGUGGGAUAUUGCAUAGCCAUGUGCCAUUCCUGAAGAAGCAUUUCCACCUCAUCACCAUGAAGGAAUUUCUUGAAGACAAAAAGGCUGUAGGUAAAAAGGUCCAAGCAAUCUAUUUGUGGUGGCACAAACCAGUAAUUGACAAAGAGCUCCUCCAGAGCCUGCCAAACUUGAAAGUGAUUGCGAAUUCAGGAGUGGGGAUGGAUCACCUGGAUCUGAAGCUUGUAGCUAGCUUUGGUGUGAAGAUGGCUAAUGCUCCACGUGCUGUUUCCAGCAGCACAGCAGAUACUGGGAUGGCUUUGCUGCUAGCAUCUGCUAGAAGACUAGUGGAAGUCCAUAACAUUUCCAUUUCUUCAAGUACGGAGUACUGUGAAGCUGAUAUUCUGGGAGUUAAAGUUGCUGGAGCUACUCUGGGGAUCAUUGGCAUGGGCAGCAUUGGAUAUAAGGUUGCUCUGAGAGCCAAAGCAUUUGAAAUGAACAUUUUGUACCACAACAGGACACGGAGGAAAGCUCAAGAGGAGCAAGCUGUCAGUGCCACUUACUGCAAAAGGAUAGACAGCUUGCUCCAGCAGGCAGAUUUUGUGAUGGUGGUGGUGAGCCUGACACCUCAGACACACAAGCUGAUUGGGAAAAGAGAGCUGGAGCUGAUGAAACCCACAGCUACCCUCAUUAACAUCAGCCGAGGGGCAGUAGUUGACCAAGAAGCGCUGGUGGCAGCUCUGCAGACUGGUGUUACCAGGGCCGCAGCUUUGGAUGUCACCUCCCCAGAACCACUGCCCAGAGAUCAUCCAUUGUUAAAAUUAAAGAACGUCAUUAUAACACCUCACCUCGGCAUUAAAACAGACAAGGCCAGCUACAUGAUAACAGAGGAAGCAGUUGAAAACAUAUUAGCAGCCCUGAAUGGUCUCCCCCUACCCAGUGAAGUUCUCCCUAGCUGAUGUGUGAAAGAAUAUCACAUGUCUUUUAUUCUUCUCUUUCUCUCUCUUUUUAUUCUUAUCUUUCCCCUCCACAUCUGCUCUAAAGGUCUUUUUAAAAGCAAGGAUGUCCGUUCACCUCACUAAAGCUUGGAAGGAAACCGUUUGCCGCCACCCUCUCAGUUGUUGCUAUACUUCUGUUGUCUAAUCCAAGUCCAAAAGACAAAUAAACCAACACACAAAGUGGCAGUGCUA